UUAGUACCCGCGAACAGCGACGCGUGCACGAAGUUGAUCAGUCUCAACCACGCUCUCGCGUUCGUCGCAUGCGAGCUUUCGCGUCUUAUUCCGAAGUAACGAAGCUCGGAUGUGCUCCGAGAUUAAUUGUGACGCCAAUUCAAUAACGUUGUAUAAAAUUAAUUGCCCAAAUAUAUAAAUCUUCGGAACGUUGCUUGGAAGAACACACGCGCGACACAACUCGAUUGCGCUCUGGUGAAAAAGAACCGCGGACAACAUCUCAUCCGGUGUUCAACUUAAUCACCCGGGGGAAAAAAAAGAAAAAAAACGAGAAAGAAACAGGAAAAGGACGAGACAGUUGCAACUUUGCAAUUCCAGAUUUUUGAUACAAAAAAAAACGAUAACAAGUUGACAAACUACGAAAGAUGUUUGUCAUUAAAAAUUUACGCUUAUUUAUUUAUUAAUAUUUAAUAGCACUUGCGCGUACACACGCGUAGACGUAAAACUAUCCAAGAGCUUGACUCAACCGAAGUAACGUAAACGUUUGAGAAGAGAAGAGAAGAGGAAUAAUGAGAAAAUAUACAAGAAUACAAUAACUCAGUCUCUUAUAUGUGUCUGUGUGCUAAUCGAAGAGUGGCGGCAAUUGAGAAUAUACAAAGAUCGAUGUAAAAUAUACAAGAGCAAGAGAACUAUUUGAUGAUUUAAAAAAAUAAUGUUGAUUUCAAAGCGCAGCUACGUGGUAACGGAUGUUACAAUCAGAGAGAGAGCAGUAAUUUGAACGCGACGUCGAGUUGCACGUACUACGUACAGAGAGAAGCGACGAAGAUCGUUUGCGCGAGAUAAACAUACAAUUAAACCUUUAUGUGUCAUUAUGUUCGCGGCAAAUUUUAUUUUGCUUGUACUGUCCUUGACAAAAGUGUCAUCGGAAUUGUAUCUAACGAAAUGUUGCGAACCGGGAAAGAUCUUCUCGGGACAAUGGAACACGUCUGAGGUAAACUGUGUUUCGGUGCCUAACAGCAGCCGAAUGGAAGCUGAAGUUUUCCAGUGGAACGCCACCGCGGUAUUCCAAGGCUUUCCGCGAUGUGACGAACCCGAGGACAUUACGAUCACGCCGCUUUACAAUUUCGAUAACAAUUUCGAAGAAAUUUUCGAGAUGCCGGCCUGUCUUGAAACGCUUCACGAGCAAACGAGCGAGAAGAGCGUCUUGAUAGCCGUUCAUUGUCGAUCCUACAAAGAUGAGCGCAACAAAACGUUUAUUAAGAACAACGUUACGUUUCCGCCGUUCGCGCACGUUAGAAAAUGCUGUCCCUCCAAUGAGAUUUUCGAUACACGUGCAAAAACUUGCGUACGUCAAACGAACGAAUCACAGAAUCUCGUGGAGUUUUUGCCGAACAGAUCGACGAUUGCAAAUCUGUCGGUGACGACCACAGGUCCGCCUAAGUGCACAGGUCCGAUUGUCGAUUACACGAUCGACAAAGACGACGUUUUUUUGCGGAACGCUAAUUACUGGGUGACGGUUUCGUCGUUAAAGAAUAAUUUGGUCUUCAGAGAGGAAUUUCUUGCUAGCGAGAAUAGUUCCUGUCUCGACGUAAUGCCGUAUUCCGAACGAAAGUUGGUGGCGCGCGUCUGCAGAGAUCCGGACUACUGCGAUCGAAACGCUUGCAUCAGGAAGUGUUGCGCCGAGGGUGAGGUGUACGCGAAGGGAUGCAGCAAUCUCACUGUGCCGGACGAGCCGAAAGAGUUUCACGAGGCUUUCGCAAACGCUCUGAAUCAGACCAAAAACUCCAAUUUCAUCUCGACCAAAGAUUACGGCGUCUUGAUUGGGAAGCCGUGCACGAACGGCAUGUACCCUAUCAAUCCGAGAAGAGAAGAUUGGUGGCUGUCGUCAGACAAUCAUGUUUUCGUCAAUAAUUACCAUGAGCCUAACGACGUAAACGGAUACUGUAUGGACAUUUUAAAAAGGAAAUCCGACUAUAACUUUUAUUUGUUCUUAUGCUUUCCGGAAAAAGAGAAAGACAACAAUCAAAUCAGGUUGCUGCUGAACUUCGUCCUGCUGAUCGUCAGCUGCGUGUUUUCUCUAAUCACUCUGCUGGUGUACGCGUGUCUUCCGAGUCUGCGAAAUCUUCACGGAAAAACGCUCAUGUGCUACGUGAGCAGUUUGCUCUCGGCCUAUAUCUGUUUAGCGAUCACCUAUCAAAUUAACGCCAAUGAUGCUCCCAUAACGUGCAAAGUAGUAGCUUACACCAUGCUGUUUUCCUUCCUCUCGGCGUUUUCCUGGCUGAACGUCAUGUGCUUCGACAUAUGGUGGACUUUCGGAGUUCAACGUGGAAGUACGAUUGCAAGGGCGCGUGGACAUAAAAAGAGAUUUCUGUUGUACUGUUUAAACGCUUGGGGUCUCUCCUUCGUGCUGUCAUCGCUGACGAUCUUUGCUGACUGCACGGAUAUCCUACCAAAAUAUUUGAAACCUGAUAUCGCCAUUGAAAGAUGUUGGUUUUCAAAGAAACAGUCUUCGUAUAGCGAGUUAAUUUUCUUCAUCGCUCCGGUGACAAUUCAGUUGAUGUCUAAUGUGACAUUCUUUAUUUUCACAUUGGUACAUUACAACAAGGUGAAAAUAGAGAUACAAAAAGUCAGCGCGGACACCAUAGCGAGCAGGCGAUUUCAUUCCAACAGAAACAGAUUCAUUAUGAACGUCAAACUGUUCAUCGUCAUGGGAAUAGUUUGGACCUUCGAGGUGAUAUCGUAUUUCUUAAACAAUUACUUCCAACACUUGACGUGGAAGGACGUGUUUCUCUACACCACCGAUGUCUUGAAUUGUCUUCAAGGUUUAUUGAUUUUCAUUCUUUUCGUCUUGAAAACUCGCGUUUACCUGGCGCUUCGCAAACGUAUGGGAUUGAAUACAAAGGGAAACCCGACCCCAACGUGCAACGCAACGACGACUCUGCAAGAUCCUUACAAAAAAGUCCGAAGAAGUACGAGCAGCAGCACUUUAACGACUACGUUUGUAAUCAGCUCGGCGAAAAGUAGCAGUUAAGAUUGUUUAGGAUAAAUAAUUGUCUACGUCCUGGGUCGGAUCAUUAAAAGACAGAGCCUGAGUCUUGUCCAAACACACGGAUUUAGAAAUUUUAUACGUCGAGCGAGAACCUGUUAGGCUCACAGACAGGUCAACCGUUUUUACGACCACCGCCAUUCCUUCGUCGUGUGAAUGCUUCAGUCUUUUUUUCAGAAACUGAAUUUCUAUUAUCUGAAACGGCAUUUUUGGUGAUCGACCGAAAAAUGCGAAACGGUACUAGAUCGAAUUGGCGGGAUCUCGGUUAUUAGUUAAAAAAAAUUAUUAACACAAUGGUUAAUAAUUUUAUAUUAACACACAAAUUGAAAUUAAUUUUAUUAAGGAACGGAGCGUUACGCGGAUCGGAAACUUACGUGUAAUUUAAAUACAAGAGCGUGUCCUUCAUGCACACAAACACAAAUAUGAUUUGUUCGAGAGAUAUUUGUGUUAUCGUGACUGAACAUGACUUGCUUCAAGGAUGUAUACACUUGUUUUUGAAACUUGUAAUCGAUUAAGUUAAUAUAUUGCGAAAAUUUCAAUCGUAGCCAAAGAGGGGCGAACCCCAGGUAAAGCGUGUUCGGAUUAAAACACAAUUAAUGAAAUUGUGUGAUGUUGUAAUUGUAUCAAUGAAUAUCAAUGAAUUGUUAUAUUAUUGUGUUAUUGGUUUAAUAACGAAGCACACCAGCACCUUAAUUAUUUAAAAAAAACUGCGUCAACUUACCUUCUUCCGACAAUCGUAGACAGGUAAUGAGCGAGUUCGGCAACGGCAAAGACGAUCAAAGAGGUAAAUGCGGCUAUCACACAAGACGAUCGCAGAAGUUAAUACACAGCUCGGGGCUGUGAACGCUACCCUUUUAUACCGUAAUCUAAAGCGGUAAGGCAUGAUUCGUGGAUCUUCCAAUAGGAAUGGAGAAUAAGUUUCCACUUUAGAUCCUUGCGUCACCUGGCUCUCUUAUUCGUUAAUUCAUGGUCGAUUUUACAGCAGAUCUACCAGUCACAGGCUACCGCGCUGUCGCAUGAUUUUCGGCAAAAUCUUCUUAUCGAGUGAACCUUACCCUAAGGUAAGGCGCCGGGCAUUUUCCGGGCGCACAAUUCAUGGCUUUGUUUUUAGAACGCACAUCUGCAACACAUUUUUUUCUUCGACGUAUGACGUCUCUCUCUCUCUCUCUGCUCUUAAAAUUUCUAAGAAAUCCGCUUAAAAUUCAGAGGACUAGCUUCUAUAUACAAAAAAUAUGAUCAAUAAGUAAUAAAUAAUUAGCUUCUACAAAUUAUUUCCAUUGAGUAAAUUUUUGUAUUCUUGAGAACACGCGCAGAGUUGUUGAUCUCUUGUAUAAUCAAGUUCUCUGCUCUCGAUUCGAUUAUUGUAAACUAAAUGUUUUCCUCUCGAUUUCUGACAGUAUGUCUAUUGUUCUCGUUGCGAAUAAAAAAAGGGAACUGUAAGUCUACAGAAAGAUUUAACAUAAUUUAUGUAUGUGUGUGCGUGUGCGUGUGUACACAUUAUACAAUAAGUGACAAUUGCAAAGUGACGAUUACAAAGUACUCGAAACGACGUGUAGAUAGCGACAGUAGUAUCACAUUGCUGUUGUUGUUAAUAAGUUUUAUCUUUCAGAAGAACAAAAGGCAAACGCGCUGGCUCAUUAUUGCACAAUAGUGUGUUUGUGUUGACAAUUCGUCAAAGCACAGACGCGCUCUCAGUGUGAUUUUCAAGAGACAAUGCAUCGGUACUCACGCUUGCAACCGCGUUGACUAAACUUUACGAGUCGGAACUUCUCAAUUUGUCUGUCUGCCUUAUCUAUCUCAUUCGCGUGAUUUCGAUUUGUUUCCAAAUCCGAAAAAAAAAAUGGCUCGGCGCGAAAGAAGAUUUUCGAGCAACAACAAGCGAAAGUUAUCGAUGCGGCAAACGGCAACAUUUUGAAGAGUCUCGAGAAAUCGUUCUAUCAAAAUGAGACAAGUGCUCUCUCGAGAAGCCGAUCAAAGUAGAAGACGACGACUACAUCGAGAACAAAAAAAAAAAUACAUUUCAACCCGAUAAAUUGUUGCUUAACUUCUCAUUUCGAGAAUACUCUUGCGUCAAUCUUGUGUAUAAUAUAACAGUGUGUUAGUUGUGUUAAUAUUCAUCGUUUUAAGGAAACAUAAUAUAAUUAAUCUGAUAUGCGAUUAUAUAUUGUAAAACGUCGAGCUAUAUAAAUAUUGGGCCGGCAUUGAAUCCCAAUAAAUUCAGAUAGACGCGCGACGAUCUUUUCUCUCUCACACUUCCACGUUCUUUUACAAACUAUGUUAUGUACUUUAUGUUCCGUUCUGGAAUUUCCUGUGUUUAUGAUACGGUACGAUAAUACCGGACGUCAGCACGAGAGAACAUCAUCAUCAAAGUAGCAAUCUUCAAAAUGGCGACGUUCAUACGCGUAUUUGUUGGCAAGUUUGACGUACAUAUAUUGACCGCGCGUUCCGAUAUUCACCGCCACCGUACUGGAAAUCUAUGACACAUAUGUGUGACACAAAGACGAUUUUAUAAUAUUGGCAGUUAAUAUCGGAACGCAGCCACAAUUUGAUCCGCAACGGCUUAAGUUACUUUAUUUUAAAGUAACGCAAAAAGCAAAUCUAAGUUUGUCAAGAUUAAUUUGUACAUAGUUUGCGACUCAAAUCUAGAGUUUUGGUUUUUUUAUUUUCCUUUCACAUUAAAAGAAAUCUCUCUGGAGACGAGAGCCUCCUUUGAAGAAAGAGAUAAGAAGAUCUCGUAAUAUAAACUUUGUGUGACUGGUGUGACUUCUGUAAUGUUGGACCUGGCAUCUUCUCUCGCGCGGCGAGAUUUAUUUCUCUAUUUCCGACACGUUUUAUUUAAAAUCGUAAAAUCUGCGAUAACGCAGACGUUAUUUAAUCUUAUUAAUCAGCCGGAACUAUAGCGGCUAAAAUCAACGUGUGAUUUUUUUUUUUUAUACAUUGUGAAUAAUUAUAUCAUCGACGUGCGAUGUUGAUUUCACAUUUCAUACGUGUGUUACAAAAAUAUCAUUAUGCAACAGAUGUGAGAGAUAGCAAUCGACUUUCUUUUUUUCGUGGAAAUAACGAUGUAAAUAUUUGCAACAACAAUGUAAAUCGUUAAAUUGUUAUCAUUACGUAUCAAACAGAUAAAACGCACAGCCUCGUCUUAUUUAAAAAAAUAAUAUAGAGAUAUAAAAUCAACGUGUGAAUUCAGCAAAACUAUGUACACGUGUAAUAACAAUGUUUUUACAUAAUCUUUUAUUUAUAUAUAUAUA